AUGGAGUACCUCGAUAAUUUGGACUAUGUCAGGAUACAUCCACCUCGCAUACCUGGUAGAUAUCGUAAUUUUAAUCCAUUGAAUGAUCUGUCAGAAGAAGAGUUUAGAGACCGAUUUAGAUUGUCAAAGGAUGCAGUGAAUGAAUUAAUUGAAUUAUUAACUCCGAGGCUAAGAGCUCCUGACCCGAGAGGCCCUCAUGGGAUUCCUAUCUGGAAGAAAGUAUUGAUAGCCUUACGUUUUUUUGCUGUAGGUAGCUUCCACAGAGAAACGGGUGAUUUAUUAGAUUGCGGCGAAUCUACUGCUUGUCAAAUAGUUCACAAAGUGGCGCUGGCUAUUUGCUUGGAAUUAAAGAGAGAAUAUAUUAAAUUCCCCUCGGGGGAUUACGCAACCGAAACUAAAAAUAGUUUUUACAACAAGUACGGUUUUCCAGGAGUUUUAAGUUGCAUUGAUGGAACUCACAUUCCUAUUGUCUGCCCUGCCACUCCGGACAAGGAGGAGUAUAGGAACAGAAAAGGCUUCUUUUCCAUCAAUGUAUUAGCCGCUGCUGGUGCCGAACUAGAAUUUACGUUCAUAGUUGCACGAUGGAAGGGAAGUACACACGACUCGAGAGUAUUUAAAAACUCAUCCCUUUACGCUAAUUUUGAGGAAAGAGACAUGGGUGGCCUGCUGAUUGGAGAUAGCGGAUAUGAAUGUAAUAGGUGUCUUCACAAUGACAAUACUUUACGCUUCAGUCCUCGCAGAUGUUGCAUCAUCAUCGUUGCAUGUGCUGUGCUCCACAACUUCGGGAUAAGAAGGGCAUUAUGGCAAGAUGUUGUGGACCCACUAGAUGACGUUGAAGCCAUUGCUGAUGAUCCUGUGGAUGAGAACGACCUCCCUGCUUAUGACCUUCCAGAAGGAAUUUUGUCUCGAAACGACAUUAUCCGUCGUCACUUUUCCUAG